CUUUCCUUUAGAGUAAGAAAGCCAUACAACAAGUUCACGAAAGGAAAUAUCAAUACAUGAUAGGCAAGCAAAUGCAACUGAGUUUCUCAGUCUUCUAUUUUUCUGCAGAUUGAUGGAGUAGCUACCUAGGGGGUACCAGUAUUGAUUUAGUGACGGAAGGAAACUGUGAAAUAAUUUCUCAGAAGAGAUUGCUCGUCUCACAUGAUACGAUAGACACUAUACUUCUACAUGUUGGCUGAGUUUCCUCAUCUGUUGUUCCUUCACCAACAUCAUCUCCGAGAGCACAUGAUAAAUCAUAAAAGCGGUUAUUAUUCAUUUUUUUCCUGGAUUAGUAUCUGCCUUCAUCGGGCGAAGUAAAAUGAGCCUAGCAAGCAGAGAGGCUCUGCAAGAGUCUUUGGGGCUCAGUGGUGAUUUGCGGUCCGAUCUCGAGGGACCACUCGAGAGCUUGCCGAGUUUCUACUCGGAUCCUGGUGAUGCGCUUACGAACACACCAGGUCUUCGAGCUGGCGCGGAGCGCUGGGGAUUGUCGCCUUACACGCAGCUCGACAGGAGUGGCACCGCUGAGGCAGCCGCGCUGGGACUGCGUGCGGCCCUCUCUAGCAAUAAUGUCCACGGCUGUCCUGCGAGCAUGGACGCGGGCCCGGGAGGGACACACCCCGCGACUUCUAGAACAGGUGCUGCUGUUCUUGAUAAUCUGAUAGAUCGCGGGCGGAGCAACACGAGCACCAACACAACGCACGGGAGCGCGUCGUCCAGGCAGCCGGAUCUGGAUUUCAAGGCUCAAAUUCGGGAAAGCUUUCGCCAGAAUGUGAAGACCAUGAAUACAUCUGCAACUUCUGCAAAGAUCAUUGACACGAAAAGCGCUAUGCAUGAGCUCGUUUCGGCGUCUGCCGCCCAGCUCUCACUGUCUUCGUCGCGGCGUUUGGUCAUGCGCCCAUGGCUGCUCACUUUCCUUGAGCGCCACCUUGAAGAAAAAUUCCUUGAGUGUUUAUGGCAGAAUCAGCGCUACUGGCUCCUGUGGCUCCUGCCGCUCUUGUCCGCUUACAUCGUCGUGUGGCUCGCACUAGCCGUUGGAGGAGAUACGGAAAGCCUUAAGCAGCUCGAUAUAAGGUAUACAUUUAGAAGGUGGGGAACGCAAAAGAAACUUCCAAAAUUUGAUCCAGGCACAUGUAGAAGGUGAAGAACUACAGGAUGAGUAGACCCGAAACUCUUAAUGAUCAAUCGUAAUCAACUUCCUAAUGAAUGUGCUUCCAUUGAUUAUUACAAGUUUAUGCACCACUUCUACUUUUUUUUUUGCUGUCGUCUAAGCGAUUCAUUGUGAUCUUGCUUCGGUCAGUCUUCUUAACUUUCCCACGAAGUAACUCUUAUAAAUUGCUGACUGUGACUGAAAAUCGUAAACAUAUAGGUACGAAUACGCGAGGGAUGACGUGAAAAGUGUUGAUUUUUUGAUGUGGCACAUCGUCUGGGUACUGCUGUUCGGUGGCCUAGUAAGCGUAGAUGCUAUUUUGGUGGAAAACCCUUCGCAUUGGCCUUUUCUACGACAGUAUGUCGCUUUCAUUCUCAUGCUGGUUGACCUUCUCGUGGGUGCCUAUUUGAGUCCAGCAGUUACGCCAUGUUUUCUCCUCUUGUACGUGGUUCUGCUGCGCGUUCCGUUACCAAUGGUACUAUUUUUUCGUACAACACCAGAUGUGUGUUCUUUCUGUUGAAUGAAUCAGCAACAUACGCUUAUCACUUUGAAAUAGAGCAAGGAAGAACCAAUGUUUGAUUACUACGCAGUACACCUGAGAAAAUGUUUGAAAUCAAAACAAAGUCAUCUCAACAUGCUAGGGAAGAACGAAACCUCCCGGUGCCUGUUGUUUUGCUUCCUCCCGCCGUCUUUUAUGGGAUUGUCCUUUCUGUUUAGGUUCUUGCUUUGGUCGGGGUAGCAGCUCUAGGGAUGCUGCUGAAUGGUGGAAGCAGCCCAACAGAAUUCUGGGGUCUUGUUGCGAUUUGCGUUACCGCAUCGAGGCAGAUCGAGGUGAGCAGCAGACUAGCACUCUAUCGUCUCUGGUAUUUGAGUGGAAAGCCGAGUGGUCCCUUGGUCGACGUCAACAGCUUUGUUGACCUCGAUAGCUACAACCACAUUCUCCGACAUUCCCCGAGUCCCUUGUUGCCAGCGCGAGGGGCGUCCUCAGGCGCGACUGAGCAACAACAUAGUCAGGAGGAGCUGUUUAGACACGGAGCGUCGGCGGGUGCAGUCCGCGAGGCUCAGGAACAGCACAUACAUCAUCCCACUUCUUCUUCCGAUGUUCAACCGGGAGGUAGUGCAUUUCACAAAAGAGGUGGAGAGCACAUGACCAAUGCUGGCUCGUCCUUGCCUGUGACUUCGGGUGGACCCUCGGCUUUAGUUGGCCGGGCAUCCUCCCCUUCAAAUGCGUCGGACCGAGGACCGGGUGUCGCGACCGACAAGAGGCCAGCGCAAUCACCGCGCUUAGCAGCCCCAGCUCGUGGUGGGGCGGCGCGAGCUGCGCCUUCGUCUGUGGUGUUGCAGAUGCAGCCUUCGUCCCCGGAUGGCAAAGGCGUUGAAGAGGCCGACGCCAGUUUUUUUUCGCCCUUCGCGCAUACCGCCGGAGGUAGUCACCACCAGAAUUCCGCAGUAAAAGGAGGCCAAGACCCACGGGCAGCACCGGAAGCGGGCACCGCCACGUCCCGGACACGACCGAGCAGUCCUGUUGACGUGGGCCCUUCCACGGGGGCGGCGGGUUUGCCAACCCCCCUAGAUUUUGCGCUCCCAGGGGACGGCGACGCCGCAGAUCGACUGGUCGAUCCGCGCGUGCGACCUGAGGAUGUAAGCCUGCUUCGUAGCGAAAAUAUAGUGGACCUAGAAAGCUUGCUUCGGGACCACCGUCCUUUUUUGCCAGAGGUCGAGAACGUCGUACCAAGAUCGGACGUGGCCAAGCCCGAAGGUGUUUUCCCUGUGCUCCGCUUCUGCGCGCAGGUAUGGGCAACCUAUAGAAAAACCGCUUAUCACGACACGGAUGGUGGCCAUCCACCACCAACAUGGCCAAUCCACAAUUUCAUGUUCGCGUCCGCCAGGGGCUCUUGUUCACCCCACCUUCCACCACAGAAAGGCAGAGCGAUCGGUCCGAGCAACACGGAAGAGCAAAUAAUAGUGGAUCAGUACUACUCGAACAAGUCGAAAUCUUCGCCUCCUGGAACGCGUUCAACGACCACACCCACAGGCACGAGCUCUAGUAGCAAAGCAACACCAGCAUCGUCUUCAACCGCAAGGAGUAGCACGGGUGUCCAAGGAGGGUCUUCAUCAUCAUCAUCGUCGUCUUCCGGCGGCAACGGGUGUGAUGAUGGAGCGGGAAGAAGUGGGGCACCUUUUUCGAGCAGCGGACGUUCAUCUCCGGGACUUACAAUUGAAGCCGCCCCCCGCAUUACAAAUUAAGGCUCGUAUUAAUUCAUCUUUUCAGGGUAUUUAUCUCAGUUGCCUUCUUGGAUUCUGAGAAUAUGAUCGUAAAAGAUGAAUUAUUGUGAGCUCUAAACAAAGAAAUGGACGCAACAGUAUCGACAGGCCGUCGCUUUCAGUCCGAUACACUCACCUCUCGUGGUGGACCUGCUGAGAAACACGUUGGCGCUGGGCCGGCAGAACCAGAUUGCCUGUAGCAGUUCGUGUGGGCGCGAUAGUGUGGCGACUCAUCAAAUCGACGUAGCGGUCCAUAGCUUCGAGCACCCCUGCAACGGCAUCUGGCGAGGCUCGCUGAGCUACAUUCGCUUGCCUUUUCCUGCGUGGCAUGUCCAGGCCUGUCUGUGGGAGCCGGAGUUGUACCCCAAGAUCGACCGCUCCUGCUCAGAGUCCCGCUUGCUAGAGCGCCAUCCUGCGUACGUGCUGAAGACUGCGACGUAUCCCGGUUUCUCAGUGAUUAGUACGCGCGUAUUCUGCUGUCUUACUCGGCGUUUCCGGCUCAGCGACGGGACACGAGUACUCCUCUCCAAGUCCGUGGCCUCGGUACCGGAGGACGGGUUGCCCGACCGGGCAGUGACUGGAAACCUCUCCGCGUCGUGCUGGUUCACAACGCCUCUCGGUCCGAACGUGAGCGACGUCGCCCUGGUCUCUCACGUGAAUCCGCAGGGCAGCGUGGGGAAGUCCAAGCUUGCCGGGAAAGUUGUUUGCCACGCGGGCUACGCGGAAGUCGAAACCAUGAUGAAAAAUUUGCGUAAGGUUUGCGUUGAGGAGUGGGACCUCAGGCAGAAGGCGUAGUUACAGCACUCACAAGAAGUACAACCUCUAUGUGCUUACUACACUUGAUGUUGAACUUGAAGGCUGGUGAACGCUAUACGACCGGAAUCGCGUCUGAGCAGCCUCCAUGUUCAGAGUAGUUACUGCGAACACAUGCAACAUGUUCAGGCAAUUUAUACAUGAGUGCGAUUGGAUUCUCUUCCUAUAGCACUGUCAUCAAUGAACACCAGUCUUUUCCACUUUCGCUUUUACGCCUGCAUAAGGCCACAAAGAUUCUAGCUCGCAUAGCCUCAUCAUGAUCAAUGUACUCGCUCCGCGGCUCUCCCUCUGAUUUUCUCUCGCAUGAUCACGCAAAAUUAUACCCAGGGUUUUCCUUUUCCUCUUCUAAUUUCCCACUUCUUCGUUGAUUGGAUAAUGGUACUGUUUGAUCGUGAAGUCAUGACCAUGAUCGUGAAGUCGAUGCUUAGAACAUAGCAAAGGGGUGGGCAGGGAUGCCACUUCGCGGCACUGCUCCACUGUGGAUCCAGUGAACGGUCAAAUAUUUUUGGACUUUGAGAAUCAAUGCUCAGAGAUGAAUUGGGACACAAAGGUGGAAGUGCAC